AUGUCUUUCGCAGCAAAUCCCCGCGCCCCCAAACCCGAUCCCAACAACAUCCCCCACGAGCCGACCGGUCCCGUGGCCUCGGACUCCCUGGCGGCCGAAUCGCUCAAGAACCACGGCGGCUUCUCCGAGAACAGCUCCGCCGCCCCCCUGGGCGUGCGAGGCGAUCAAUCCACACUCAACAACACAGACACCUCCGGGGCGACGGCGCUGCCAGCCGCAGCGACGGGCACCGAGCGUGAAAAGAGACAGGCUCUGGGCGCCGGCGCCGACGAGAAGGGCGUGGCAGGUCUGAAAUACCCCGACGCAGCGGGCAAGCCACAGUUCGAUGGCGCACACAGCGACACAGGUGCCUAUGCGGGUGGACAAUCCAAGGCUUUCCAGCAGCAAGCGUCGACGGGUCGGCCGGCGGGCGAGAGUGACUUUGGUGCUUCGACCAUCUCGUCCUCCACUGGCGGUGUUGACCAGUCCCAGAUCCGCUCUGGGGCGGGCAUCAACAAUAACAACAACACCACUACCUCUUCAAAAGGCAGCGGCAGCGGCAGUGGAGGUCCAGCCGCCGGCACGGGCGUCCGUCCGCACGUCGACGCCGCCCCCAACUAUGUGUCCAGCGUGACGGGCGCCGCGCUGCCGGAGAACACAUUCAAGCCGAAGGGCGCGAAUCUCGACGACGCGGACGUCUCGAACAGCAUCCCCCAGACCAAGACCUUCACCGGCGCUAUCGGCACCGUCAACGAUCCCGGCCGCCUCGCCGAACGCGAGUUCUUGGGCCGCAACGACGACCCCGUCGGCGAGUUGAGCCAGGCUGGUGCGGAAGGCGGUCGGGCCAGACAGCAGGGUCAGGACAGCCAAGCGGGCGAGUCGGGCCAGUACGGCGUGCUGCAAAGCGAGAGAGCAUAA